AGCGCAAUUGAGCAAAGGGCACUGCGGACAUUGAAGCAGAAGAAGAUGUACGAAGGGCAGCUCGCGCAACUUCAGCAACAAACAUUCAAUAUGGAAUCUGCAGCCCUUGCCACAGAGAAUCUGCGCAACACGAUGGCGACGUUCGAUGCAAUGAAGGUGGCAAACAAGGAAAUGAAGAAGCAGUAUGGGAAGAUUGAUAUUGACAAAAUCGAGAAUAUGCAUUAUGAUAUGGAAGAUUUGCUGGAGCAGGCAAACGAAAUCCAAGAGACCUUAGGACGAUCGUAUGCGGUCCCGGAUGAGAUCGAUGAAGCUGACCUUCAAGCGGAACUGGAUGCUCUUGAACUUGAGGAAGAAGACGAGAGCACGUCUUACCUCGCGGACUUGAACAAGGCUCCUGACUACGUUGAUGAAGAGCCAGUCGAAGUUGGAGAGACCCGUGCCCAGCCUGAGGCUCUGAAGAAUACCGCAUAAGCAUUAUGGACUCAAUUUUGUAUCAUUCUGUGUAGCAUUAGUACCUCUUAUGCAGCCAUGCGCAUAUACGCAUUUUGUAUUCCACUCAUCACACAGUAGU